CAAAUUGAGACGAGCAAAAAAUUGAAUACUGUGGAUGCCCAAUUUAGGGCAUUCAUCUUGGUCACCGGAUGUGAAUGGAUUGUUGGCUGCUGCGAUGGGAAUCUCAUCUUGGGACACAGCUUUGUCGCCCAACUGUCCUGCGAUCGACGCGAACUGCGUUCUGGUGAUCUCAGUCGGUAGCAAUUGCGGCCGUCCGCGAUGUUCGAGUCCGCUGCCGAUACCGUUGGUUAUGAUUGCCUCAAAUUCGCCAACGGCGAAGGUCGCGCUAGAUAAGACGUUGCAACCUUGGUGUGGGUGGCCACGUAGAACACCGGUACGUAGAGCGCGGAAAAGUGUUCUAUUUGGAAUACACUGCUGACACCAAAAAUCCUGGUGACUUUCAAACCUGAGGGUGUGAAAUGAACUGAGUUACGUCC